GCAGCGCCACAGUUCCAAUUUGGGCGCGGCGGUGGAGGCGGAAGCGGGUCUCGGGGGCCAAACCAACCAAGCCAACCGCCCCGCAGCGAGAGAGGACAGCGGCCAUGGCCCCCUCCAAGAAGAAGCGCUCCAGCAAGAACCCCUCCAGGAGCAAGAACGUCCUGAAGAGGAAGAAGAUGGAGGCCUUCCUGAAGGACUUCAGCCAGGAAGUCGAGACCCGCAAAGAGCGAAUCCUGGUUGAAAGCGAGGGCUUUUUGAAGGAAAUUGACAACAUAUAUAACAUGGAGCUUCUCCGCUUGCCUGCGGCGCUGCAGGAAAUGAAUUGGGUCAGCUACUUCGCUCUGGGAGGAGGGGAAAAGGCCCUGGAAAAAGCAGCUAUGGCCGACCUGGACAUAGUGGAAAUUACCAAACUGGCAACGGAAGCUAUUCAGAAGCCCCUCAAAACUGUCAGGACAGCGAAGAAAGCCAAGCAGCCGCUGGAGACCACCGAAGACGGAGAAGCGGGGCGGCCUGCAAGGAAGCGGUCGAGGCAGGGGGGCGAGGAGGCGGGGGCCCCAGAGUCCAACAUCCAGGCAAGGACCUCCAUCAAAAGGGCCCCGGGGUCAAGGAGGGGCAGGCCUCCCCCAGCUAGGUCCACCCGCUUGAACAGGAGGUCUGCCAAAGUUAACUGGGCCACUCCAUCGGUGGGGCAGACGGCUGCCUCCAAGGGGGCCACCCCUCUUCUCACCCCCAAGUUUGACGCCAGUGUCUUCAGGACGCCCGGCCUGCGUGCCCCUGCAGCUCAAGAGCGGGUCUUCAGUGUCUCCGAGAACGGCAGCCCCCUUGCGGCCCCCAGUGACAUCUUCAUCACCCUCCCUGCUGAGGGAGGGGAGACCAUCUGCUUAAGACCCAACGAACUCUCCCGGCAGGCCCUGAUGCGCCUCGAUCCCGGCACCCUGGGCACCAUGAAGAAGAUGUCGGCGCAUCUAGCGAAUCUGUGCGGUUCUCUGAAGAGCUCCAAGUGAGCCCGGCUGCUUCUCCCCACCCACCCUCAGGCCCCAGAGUGUUUCCGGAGCCACCUCCCCUUUUACUCUCUCACCUUUUUUUGUGUCCCACGGACUGUGCAGGGGAGGGGGGGUGUUUGCGUUUUUUAAAUUCUGUUUUUUAAAUUUAAUGUUUUUUAAAUUUCUGUUUUUUAAAUUUAACAUUAAAGUUCCUGUUGCCUUCCA